GAGAAAUGUCAGGACCCAGGCCUGUAGUUCUGAGUGGCCCAUCAGGAGCUGGAAAAAGCACCCUGUUGAAGAGACUCAUGAAAGAAUAUGAAGGGGUUUUUGGAUUCAGUGUCUCCCACACCACCAGAAAUCCUCGACCGGGAGAGGAAGAUGGAAAAGGGCUGAAUUGUCUCCCAAUGCUUCUGGGGGCUACUUUACUUCCUGUAGCAGACAUCCUGUCCUCUGAGACAUCUGAAGAUUACCACUUUGUCACCAGAGAGAAGAUGCAAGAGGGAAUUGACAAUGGCGAAUUCAUUGAGAAUGCAGAGUUUUCUGGGAACAUGUAUGGAACCAGCAAAUCAUCCAUAGAAGAUGUUCAGGCACAGAACCUCAUCUGUAUCUUGGAUGUUGACAUACAAGGAGUGAAAAACAUUAAAAAGACUGAUCUGAACCCCAUAUAUAUCUCCAUCCAGCCACCUUCAAUGGAGAUCCUCGAAAAGCGUCUGAGAGACAGACAAACAGAGUCGGAGGACAGUCUACAGAAGCGUCUGGAGGCAGCGAGGAUUGACAUGGAGCUCAGCAAGGAACCGGGAGUUUUUGAUUUGGUAAUCAUUAAUGAUGACCUGGAAGAAGCCUAUGAGAAACUCAAAAGUGUUCUUAUUGAGGAAAUUGAGAAGGUGCAAGAUGCCAAGAAAUAGGAAAGGAUAAACGGCACUUUUGACCGUUCUGCCCGACAACACAGGACAUGAAGCCUUUUUUUCCAGCCUUGUACGGUGCAAUCAUGGUGUUGGUUCUCAUGUCAGACUCUAAAAACUCUAUUCACUUAAAUGGCUAAUCAAGACGAGUGCUGUGUUCAAAGGAGUGUGCUAUAGCACUUUUCUCUGUGGGUGAGAGAAAAUCUAUGCAUGUAUAUUAAAAACAUCUCACUUCAGUCGAGGACUCUUCUCUAUUUACUCUUUUGAGCAUGUUUGCACCAUGAAUAAUGAAGGGAGAAAACGGUAACAAAAAUGAGUUCAGUGAGCUAUUAUUGAUGACGAUAGUUUGUUUCUCAUCAGCAUGUUAGUUCUAUAGUAGAGAAAUGAUUGUUUUUAAUAUGUUUGAUCUUUGUAGAAAGCUAUUACUGUAUGUUUGAUUGUCAGUUAGCCUUCAACAUGUUUGAAUGUAUUCUGCUGAAUGGUUAGUUUGAGUUGAACCUUCAUGUUUCUAAACUUGUGUUGAAUAUAAAAUAAUGUCA